AAAAAAUAAAAUUAUUUGUAAUUCUGUCUGAUUCGCUCUCAAUCUCAGCCCCUGACUUUCUCUCUCACUCGUUCACGCCGGCGAUUGUCUCUCCCAGCUCCCUCACCGGCAACGGCAACGGAAACCGACCCUCUCUUCCAACUCCCUCACUCACUGUCACUGGCAUGAAAGCAACGGUAACCGACUCGCUCUCUCGCCAAGUUUACUAUCACAAUCAAACUAUGGUCAUGCUUGUUCUCAUCCUUUGGCCAGUAUUUUCCAUCUGUAGAUGAUUGUCAUUUCAUAUAGAGCAAGAUGAUAAGGCAGCUCAUCACGAAGGCUCAACAGGGGCCCACUACAGUUGGUCUUCUUCUAUUCAACCAAAAGAGAGAGAUCCAUAGUAGGAACAAGAAGGCCAUGGAGUUUAUAGCUAAAGGGUAUGGUGCUUUGCAGGAAGUAGACAGAGUCAUUGAUUAUGCUGAGUUCCACGAUAAACGUCUUAUUCCUCUCCUCAGGACAGCAAAGGAAAAUUUCGAGCUGGCCCUAGAGGCAGACAACUCAAACACCCAUGCCAGAUAUUGGUUAUCCAGAUUGCAUAUGAAAUAUCAUGUUCCUGGAGCAUGUAAAGCAGUGGGUGCUGCAUUGUUAGUAGAAGCCGCAAACAUGGGUGAUAAAAAUGCUCAAUAUGAACUGGGUUGCCGGUUGAGAGUUGAGAAUCCAUAUGUCAAUUCGGUUCAACGUGCUUUCUAUUAUCUGGAGAAGGCUGCUGAUCAGUUUCAUCCAGGUGCCCUUUACCUCCUGGGAGCUGUAUAUUUGACAGGAGACUGUGUAAACAAAGAUGUGGCCUCAGCACUAUGGUGUUUUAAUAAGGCGUCAGAAAAGGGACAUGCUGGUGCAGCUAUAGCAUAUGGAUCUCUUCUUCUCAAAGGUGUUGAAAUACCAGAAUCUAUAGCAAAAUUAAGGUCACGAAAGUCGUCUUUAUCUAAAAGAGGGAGAAAAGACGAGGACGAUUCUUCAAUGAGUCGAGUAGAGAUGGCGAAAGAACAAUUUGAAAUUGCAGCCAGAAGUGGAUGUGAACUGGGGCUAAGAUGGUUGAAUAUACUUGAGAAGGAAGAAAAACAAUUACUUACUAGAUAAUGCAUACUCAAAACCAGUUUGUGGGUUAUUCUUUAUUUUAACUAAUCAAUAAUGUUGUUUGAUAUAGUAUUUUCUUGAGAAAUUUAGAUUUUUUAUUGGUAUUUGUGAAAAUAUUUUUUUUUGGCCAUGAUUUUGAUUUUGGUUUGUAUAGGAUAUAUGUGUAGUAGAUGUUUGGUGGAUUUUUAAUAUAUAAAUUUGGUAUUAAAUAUGAUA